CUCACACCAUCCCAUGUACCAUGAGCUAUGCAUGGCUAAUCCGCUGAGAUCGCGCUGGUGAUGGGGUUCCCACAGUGUAUAAGCUGGUGCUCUUCAGGGAAAACAUAGCGAGAUUUGGGGGAGGAGAGGUCGUCUUUCUGAGCCUGGAAUUCAACAACCAGUGGAAUACCAUCGCCUCUCGUUAUACUAACAAGAGUGCAUAAAGUGUGACCACCUAACCGUAAAACUGUAAUGUAGGUUAUAUGCGAUCAUGAUAUAUAGCUUUCUUCGAAUGCCUAGACGAAUAAGGCGAUUAGGAGUUUGCGCAUGGGCUGGGUUUGGCUUAUCAAAUUUACCCUUACGUGUCGAGCUCGUGAUCACGAUUAUGAUGGCUCCGGACCAUUCCAAGCGACCUUUCUCUAAGCUCGCAUGUUUGUCUCUUUACGCUGUGUUUAGAGGGGACUCAGAGCUACAGAGUGGAGAAUGCAGUGAUUGGUCAAUCAAAAACACCCACACCCACAUAUGGACCAUCCACUGCUUAUUACAUGGCCCAGGAGGCCUAUCAAUAAACAGUUUCAAGAGAACAUGCACUCAAUUGUAUCAAGCGAUCCCCUUGUGCUUGAAAGAAACAAGCAUGGUUUAUGUCCCUGUCGUAAGUUUAAACCAAGACGUAGGUUCCAGGGAGAAUCUGUAAGCUAUGAGAAUGUGAUCUAUACUGUUCAAUUAGUGUUGGUGCAUAUGGACAUGUCAGAGAAAAUAGAGCACCACCAUUCAAGCACACAGUACAUACCAUCCGAUACGCUCGAGCCCUACAUAUAAGUCGACAUCAUAUUGGCG